AUGGCCAGGUACGGGCUCAAGGGGGUGGUGCUCAGAAGCCUGGAUGUUGCCCCAACCGCUACGCCGCAGACCCCCCCCCCCCCCCCGCCCCCAAUUAAAAACGCAGACGCACCGGGCCCAGCUCAGAAGUACCCGCCGGAAAAGAAGGGGACUGCAGCCGCAGCCCCAUUGCGCACCCCCACUGCCUCCCUACCAGAUGGGCCGAAGCCACAGCGCCCGGGCCCAGGCAGGAGGCUCACCCAGAAGCCAGGCCCCACGCAGCGCUCUGCCUCCGAAAGGCGGCACCAGCAACCGGGACCGAAACAUCCGGAGCCCCAACCAGAGCACCAAGUGCAGCCAGGCUCCUCCUUACCAGAGGAACCAGCCCCAAUACCGGGACCACCACCACCAGAGGAGAUCCCGCCCCAGAAUCCAGCCCAAGCGGACCCGCCAACACCAGCAAACAAAUCUAGCCAAGAGCCCCAUACCAGCCAGGGGCCGACGCCACAAGCAGCAGGCGCGUAA